AGCGACAGGACGUUGGUAUUUACGACACAUUUUGACGUGGACGUCACCACAGCAAUGGCGGAUGCUGUAGGGGAAGUGCUUGAAGGCAGCUGGAAUCAGGAUUUGGCUGAUGCUCUUGACUCUGCAGUAUGUGAUCUGAACAGUGACCAGGAUGGUGUCAUCCAGGUUCGAGACCUUUCCCCACCACAGCGGGCCAAAUUAUGGAUGAUUGCUCUGAAUGUGUCUGGUAAAGGAGAUAGUCUGUCCUCAUGGGAUGGCGUUUUAGAUCUACCAGAACAGACGCUCAUUCACAGCCGCAGUCAGCAGCUCACUGAUGAGCUGGGCAUACCAGUGGAGGAAGGACGGGACCUGGUAUCAGAUGUGGAGUCAGUUAUCACCUUUUACUGCAAGUCCAGAAAUGUUACAUUCACUCCAGAUCUCAGUUGGCCACACAUCCUCAAACCACUCCUGGGCUUACAGCUGUCCCGCAAAGACCUCUACAACUGCUUCUAUGCCAUCAUGAAUAAAUAUAUUCCAAGAGACUGCAUUGUAAAGGGGCGGCCAUUUCAUCUGUUUCGACUCCUGCUUCAGUACCACGAGCCAGAAUUCUGCUCCUUCCUGGACACUAAAAAGAUCACUCCUGAUUCCUAUGCCAUAAACUGGCUUGGGAGUCUUUUUUCGAGCCACUGUUUACCUGAAGUCACACAGGCCUUGUGGGAUGUUUAUCUCCAGCAGGCCGACCCUUUUCUUAUCUUCUUCCUUAUGCUCAUCAUCCUAGUCAAUGCCAAAGAUAACAUCCUUAUCCAAGAAGGAGACAACAAAGAGGAGAUAAUCAAAAUGCUGGAGCAGUCGCCGUCAUUACUAGAGGCAGAGGACAUUGAAGACUUGUUCUCUUUAGCGCAGUAUUACAACAGCAAGACGCCUCUAUCUCUUAGAAAGGAGAACCAUAAUCUGUUUGGCAGUAGUCUGGUAGCCCUUAAGGAAGAAGACAUGGACCUGAGUCAGGCACUCUGUCUGCCUGUGUCAGUCCCUGAGAUCCUGCAAGCCAACCAGCUACAACCUGAGGGUGUCAGAUUUUUUGUGGUUGAUUGUCGUCCUGCCGAGCAGUACAAUGCUGGUCACCUCUCUACUGCCUUUCACCUGGACUCUGACCUGAUGCUUCAUAACCCCUCAGAGUUUGCCCUGUCCGUCAAGUCUCUUCUGGAGGCACAGAAGCAGUCUUUGGAGUCUGGCUCUGUGGCCAGUGGAGAGCAUUUGUGCUUUAUGGGCAGUGGACGUGAAGAGGAGGACAUGUACAUGAACAUGGUGCUUGCCCACUUUCUGCAGAAAAACAAAGAGUUUGUGAGUAUUGCAAAAGGUGGAUUUAUGGCAUUGCAGCAGCACCUGGCAGAUAUUAAUGUUGAAGGGCCAGAUAACGUUUAUGUUCACUGGAUUGUGAGUACCUCAGGAUCCCACAGCAGCCUCAGCUCAGCAGAUGGAGAACUGAACAGCACAGAUGGCAAAGGAGUUAAAUCACUUGUCAACAAAAUGACAUUUGCACUCAAGUCAAAGUCAGUCAAUGUGAAAGAGAAGGUGAUCAGCUUCAUUGAAAACACUUCCACACCAGUAGAAAGGCAUGUAAGUAGCAGUGAUCGAGUGGGGAAACCAUACAGGGGUGUCAAGCCUGUCUUCAGCAUUGGAGAUGAGGAAGAGUAUGAUACAGAUGAGAUUGAUAGUUCAUCCAUAUCAGAUGAUGACAGGAAAGAGAUUGUUAAUAUUCAGACUUGGAUCAACAAACCAGAUGUAAAGCACCACAUUCCUUGCAAUGAGGUUAAGGAGACUGGCCACAUGUUUCCAAGUCAUCUGCUGAUCACCGCAACACACAUGUACUGUUUGAGAGAGAUCGCUGCUCGGAAGGGUUUUGCUUACAUCCAGUCCAGACAGGCACUAAACUCUGUUGUGAAGAUCACCUCCAAGAAGAAACAUCCAGAGCUAAUCACAUUUAAAUUUGGCAACAACAAUGCUGCAGGAGUGGAGAUUGUGGCUGUGGAGAGGUAUUUAAUUCCAAAUGCCGGCGAUGCCACUAAAGUCAUCAAACAGCAAAUCAUGAAAGUGUUGGAUGCUCUGGAGAGCUCUUAGAAACAUGAGCGGCACUUCGGUCUGGUCCUCCAGGAGUCCACCGUGUCUCCAACAGAAACAGCCUGCAGGGGAAGGAGGAAGUAAAGCAUUCCUACACUGUUUUUGGUCAUCAUCUCCUCCAUGGGCAGCACUGAUGUGGAGGUCUGUCAGGACUCUUUGAGCUCAUCACCAACAUGACUGAUAGGAGCUCUCAAACUUUGGCUGUGAGCCUUCAAUAGAAAUGGUUUGGUUCAUUUUUGCUUUGUGAUUUCAUUUUCUUGAAACUGACCUAAAGCAAGUUAGAUUUGUUAUGUCUCUUUUUCCGUCUCAAGCCUUAAUGAUGCUUUUUAUAUGAGUCUCAAACAGGCCCCCUGGGUGAGAAAAAAAAUGGUUUUGGAACCUCAAGCAAGGAACCUGCAUCAAUUAUUGAGGUCACUAAUUGUUUUGCCAUCAUAUAUUGCUGCAUACUCAUGUAACAUAUUUAUCAAAGCAGUGUUUGUUUUUACACAAAGCAAAUUCAUCGGGAGCCUUGUCAACAGGCAUCGAGGUGAACAUAUGUAAAUGCUUCAUAUAUAUAUAUUUCUUUUUGGAAAGGAUGCAACCCUUCAGGAUGUUGCUUUGCACAAGAGGCUGCACAAGCGUGAUGCAUAGACUUCCAUUUAACUCUGCUGCUGACUCACUAAAAUGCCCAGAAAUGGUUAUAAGCUCUUGUUGGAGCACCUGUCACUUUUAGGUUCCAUCAAGUUGUUGCAGCAUUAAAAGAUUAAAGGGAACGCGUUGAUCAGACAGUGACCGUAAAAAGGACCUUAUCCAACUUGCGGGCAAGUACCAGAGAAUGUAUUGUGAAAGAGAAGCUGGAGAGUAAAAUGAGGUGGAACGGCUUCUAUUGAAAGUAAAUUGAGUAUUCCAAAAAAAAAAGUGUCCAUCAAAAAUAAAUGCACAGUAUCAAAUGAUCUAUACACAAGAGGUUGCAGGAGUGAAAAGGGAGCGUGUUUGGAACAUUUUUGGUAUUCGGUUGAUCACGCUGUUCUCAAAUUGCAAAUGAAAAUAGUAUUUAUUUAAAACACCCUGUACAUUACUAAGAGGUUCAGAAGACCAUGCCUAACGACACAAUCUCCCAUUUAAAUGAAUCAAAUGAGGUCCACCGUGUCUGACUGUUUCAAUAAAAUCUGUUGAUUGAUAUAAAUGUACAAAAAA